AUGGGUCCAGAGGCAUUUAUUACUCUUUGUGACACCGUAAGAUCAACUGGGUUAGUGAAGGACGGGAUUCGGUCCACAGUUGAGCAACAAGUUGCUCAAUUUCUUCAUAUAAUUGGGCAUAAUGUUAAGAAUCGAAGUGUCGCAUUUUUCUUUCAUCGAUCGGGUUCGACGGUUAGCAGACACUUUCACAAUGUAUUGGAUGCUAUCUUAAGUUUGGAAUCUGAAUUUCUAAUUCAACCCUCAGGAAAUGAGGUUCAUCCAUAUGUCUUGAACAAUGGUCGAUUUUACCCCUACUUUAAGGAUUGUUUAGGGGCCAUAGACAGUACUCAUGUUCGUGUUAACGUUCCAACAAGUGAUGCUCCGAGAUUUCGAGGAAGAAAAGAUUGGCCAACUCAAAAUGUGUUUGCGGCGUGUGAUUUUGACAUGAAAUUCACAUACGUUCUUGCUGGGUGGGAAGGCACUGCAUCUGAUUCAAGAAUUUUAAAAAAUGCUAUUGAACGAGAUGAUCCGUUGGUCAUCCCUGAAGGAAAAUAUUACAUAGGUGAUGCUGGAUUUAUGUUGAAAAGCACAGUGUUGACUCCAUAUAGAGGCGUCAGAUAUCACCUUAAAGAAUAUACACGUAGAGGACCACAAAAUGCACGCGAGUUGUUUAAUCAUCGACAUUCAUCGUUGAGAAAUGUUAUAGAAAGAACUUUUGGUGUGUUGAAGAAACGAUUCCCUAUCAUUGCAAGUGGCACUGAACCACACUAUGGAUUGCAGACAAUGACAGACAUAAUAUUAGCUUGUUGUAUCUUACAUAACUUCCUUCGUGGUGUUGAUCAUGAUGACUCGUUACUUGAUGAAGUUGACAAUGAGUUGAAUGAAAGGGAAGAUCAUAAUGUUUCAUUCUCUCAAGUUAGAGAAGAGGACCAUAGGAUUGGUAGUAGUAUCAGGGAUUCUAUAGCUGAUCAUAUGUGGCAAGAGUAUCAAAACUCAUAG